AUGGAGCCCUCAACAUCACGGGAGGAUGGAUUCCUUGGAGCACCGGUUUUAUUCCAUCCAUUUCAUGGUGAAAACAUCGAGCUCCUAGAACACAGAAGAAGAGCACUGCGACGCGUCAGCUUCGAAAAGGGUGUCGUCUUUUCCGAACGCGCUCUGUUGGAAGGAGAAUGUUUUUUCAUAUCAAUUGAGGGUGUAGAAGGAGGAUGGUCAGGUCAUUUACGAAUUGGACUGACGACAAUUGAUCCGGAGACGAGACCCUCUAUAAUAAUCCAUGUCGUGUUGAAUGGCUUUGACAUCUGCCCGAGUUUCGGGCCCAUUCCUUCGAAUGUUCCAUUUUUCGCCGUUGUUGAUGUUUUUGGCAGCACGAAAGAGGUUCGAGUUGUGUACCCGGGUCCACGCAUGCCAGCUCGUUUGUACACUCUUUGUUCGGAUCGACUGCGAUGUCUGUAUAAUGAGAGAAAGUGUUCUUUGUCUAGACUACCGGCUCCCUUACGCAGCCAGCUAGAGCAGGAAUGGAAUAAGGAGGCGCGAGAUUCCUCGUAUUAUGACUGGGAAGGAGUGCGGUAG